AUGUCGAAGCACCCGUCUUGUUUGAACCCCACGCCGGAGGACAUGAGCCUCCUCCUGGCUGCCCAGACCCACAUCGGCACCAAGAACUGCGAGAAGGCCAUGCUCCCCUACGUCUACAAGCGCCGCGCUGAUGGCAUUAACAUCAUCAACGUCGGCAAGACCUGGGAGAAGCUCGUCCUCGCCGCCCGUGUUCUCGCCGCUGUCGAGAACCCGGCCGACAUUGUGGUCAUCUCGAGCCGCACCUACGGCCACCGUGCCGUGCUCAAGUUCGCCGCCAACACCGGCGCGACUGCCAUCGCCGGCCGCUUCACCCCGGGUUCGUUCACCAACUACAUCACCCGCUCCUUCAAGGAGCCCCGCGUGAUCGUCGUGACUGACCCGCGUGUCGACCACCAGGCCAUCCGCGAGUCGGCCUACGUCAACAUCCCCGUCAUUGCGCUUUGCGACACCGACGCUCCCCUGCGCCACGUCGACAUUGCUAUCCCGGGCAACAACAAGGGCCGUCACUCGAUCGGUCUCCUCUGGUGGCUCCUCUGCCGCGAGUUCCUCCGUCUCCGCGGCAUUGUUCCCCGCACCCCCAACGGCUGGAACGUCAUGGUCGACAUGUUCUUCUACCGCGACCCCGAGGAGGUCGAGCGUGAGCAGCAGGAGGCUGCCCUCGCCAAGCAGGCCGCCAUUGCUGCCAACACCGAGCCCGGUGCGGAGACCGUCAACGACUUCAACAUUGAGGGCGCCGGUGCGGGUGGUGUGAACCCCUCGAUCGCUGCCAACCUCCCUGCGGGCGGUGAGCAGGUUGACUGGAGCGCCGACGCUGCCCAGGACUGGGCCGCGGACACUGGUGCGAGCUGGGAUGGCGCUGCGCCGGCCCCGGCUGCUACGGGCGGUGCCGCCCCGGCCAACUCGAGCUGGGACUAA